AUGUCGGAGGCUACCUUACCAACCAGUAACGAAGCACUUGAAGCCAGCGUCCGGCGACUGGAGAAGGAAAAAGAGGCGUUGGAGCAACAGAUCAAGGCGCUGCGCUUGGAGCAGGCGGCAUCCUACCAAUCAUUAACUUCAUCGUGGUCUGCUACGGAGCUUGAUAACCCUCUGCAAAAGGUCGCCAAAUUAACGAAUCCCGAGAUUGCGAGAUACGGGCGCCAGUUGAUCCUGCCGGACUUUGGCAUCCAAGGCGCAGGCGGUCUUGGGUCCUCCUGUGCACUUUAUUUGGGAGGUUCUGGUGUCGGUCGCCUGGGUAUAGUCGAUCACGAUACUGUCGACAUUUCUAAUCUCCACCGCCAGAUCAUUCAUAACGAAGCGCGUCAGGGGAUGUCCAAGGCGCAGUCUGCAGCGCUCUCAAUUCAACUUCUUAAUCCGCACUGUCAAGUCAUCGUCCACAAUCUUGUUCUUGACAGCUCCAAUGCGCAGCCAAUCAUCGACGCAUAUGAUAUUGUAAUCGAUGCAACAGACAACGUUGCAACCCGGUAUCUCCUCAAUGAUGCAUGCGUCCUCAAUAAGAAACCAUUGGUGUCCGGAUCGGCCCUGCGAUUCGACGGGCAGCUGACUAUAUACAACUACCAUGGCGGGCCAUGCUACCGGUGUUUAUUCCCUAAGCCGCCACCGUCCGCAACUGUAACUAACUGCUCGGACGGAGGUGUUUUGGGAGUAGGCAAGUACACUUUUUCAGAUCGAAGGCAACUAUACGCACCGACUAUGACUUUAUUUUCAGCCAAUUCGUCAACAAUGUUCAGAACCAUCAAACUCAGGAACAGAAAAGCCGACUGCAUUGUAUGCGGCGAAGCUCCCACAAUCAGAAAGCUGAUCGAUUAUGUGCGCUUUUGCGGAAGCAGCGCUACGGACACAACUCCGGACCUUUUUCUCAUCCCGUUUAAAGAGCGCUUGACUUGCGAUUCGUACAAAAAGAUUCGCGAUGAGGGUGCACCGCACCUUCUACUUGAUGUUCGUGAAAAGGUUCAAUUUGACAUUUGCAGCCUGCCUUCAUCCCUGAAUAUCCCUCUAAAGGAUCUCCCAGAGCAGGUGGAGCAGCUCAAGGAGAAACUGGGCCCACAAUUUGAUCAACCCGGUAUUUGUCAAUCCUCAGGCUGGGUUUAUAAUAAUGGAUGA